CCGGGCGGGAAGGGGCGUGGGGGGUGUGCGAGAGGCCAGCACGCGUGGGGGGUUCCCUGCGGGAAGAGCUGAAACCCCGGUCGGAAUGGCUGGGUGUUGGUAGAGCCGUGUGCUCGGCGGGACACGCGGGCGCCUCUCCGUGUCCCCGGGAUGGAGCGGACGCACCGGCUGGAGCUGUUCCCUAACUACAGCGUCACGCUGCUUCUCUUCCGACACGUGAAAAAUGCCGCGGCUCUACGGAAAAAAGCCAUGGAAGGAUCCAUUGAAGGAGCACUGAUAAACCCUGCCAUGAUUGUAGAUCCUUUUCAAAUUCUUGUGGCAGCCAACAAAGCCAUACAUCUACAAGAGACAGAUAAAAUGAAGACCAGAACACUCUAUGCAGAAAUUAUUUUCAAUCUUUCACCAAACAACAACAUUUCAGAUGCAUUUAAAAAGUUUGGCAUUUCAGACAGUGACACAGCAGUACUCAUUGUUCUACUGGGCAGCUACAAAACUGUAAAUCUGGAAGAUAUAGCAUCUCAGGUGGAAGGCCAACAGGUUCCUCUAGAUGAACUCCCCCAGCUAACAGACACUGCCAGAGUUAAAAAGACAUACAAAGUUACUCCGCAAGAAGAAAAAAUCAGCACCUUAUUGGAUAGUGUUGUUUGCAGAAUGGCAACAAAAGAUGUCUUAUGAAAAUGUGGAAAGAAAUUUUUUUAAAGGAAAAAGGACUUUUUAAGGUGUAAAAACACUUCAUUGCAAUUCAUCUUGCAUUUCAGAGAAAGUGGAGUAGUGUGUUCUAAGCUCAGAGAGCAAUUCUGCCAUGCAAAGCAGAAUUUGCUGUUGGCUUUUCUGUCCUUUUUCUUGACAAGAGAAAAUUGCCAGUACUCUAAGCUGAACAUAAACAGAAGGACUGGAAAUCUGUACUUACCUUUCUGUUUCAUCAAAUGUUUUGCUAGUCCCAGACAGGAUUCAAACAUUCUAAAUAAUUUUUAUUAACCCUCCCCGGUUUGUUUUUUUGGUACCCCUGAUGAAUGAUACCGUUUUAAGGAUACUGCUGCCAGAAAAGGUGUCAUUAUGGUCCAACUAUUGCUGAUGGACUAGAAAAAGGAAAGUUUCCAUAAAAUAUCAGCAGCAUCUCCCUCCUUGUGCUAACGGUAUAGAGCACUUCAGUGUUGGUGUUAAAGGAUAAUGAGUGGUGCUUUUACUUUACAGCACUGGAUUAUGCACGGUGAUGCUAACUUCCUAGGGCCUAGUUCCAGGUGCAGAAUUCACAGCCAAAUUUGUGCCAUAUUCACUUAAAAUUGUCAAUACAACUUACAUAGCAUUCUGAAAAGAUCAUGGAACUUGUUUUGGUUUUUUUUGGAACCGGUGUUAGGAAAGACCAUUGAAGGGAAGUAGGAAGACUAUUGAUUUCCAGUAGUCACCAGGUCCAAGAGCCCUGCGUGAGUAUCAUUUAAUCACACACAGGCAUCCUGUUUAAGUAAAACUGCUGUCCUAGUUAGGUAGAAAUCCAUGCUGUUUGUUAUUGUUAUACUGUAUUGUUUUUGUGGGACAUGCUAAAACUGUAUAGUUGUCUGCAUUUUUUUUCCUAAUGUUCUUUGAGGUAUUAUGAUAUGUGUACUUACAAGAUAUUUGGAAGAGUAUACCCCACAUUCUUACACAUAGUGUUUGGGAUAACAAGAUACAUUUCAACAGAGAGAUAAGUCUGAGUUAGAAUUGAAAUGUUGUCCAAUACAGUAAACAGACCAGUGAACUGACAUGUUGACCUACUUUUGUCAUGUUUCCGUAUUUAAUAUGGAAAUCCCUAGCUUCUGUUUUGCAUUUUGAUUUUGAUUAAGUCUUCUCUCAAGUUAAACCCAGGAGUACAAAUACCAUCUUUUUCUUACCAACCAGACCAAUGGCAAAUUUAGUUACCAAGUACCAAGGGAAUUCCAGGAUUUAUCGAAAGAAAGGGUUCCAGAGAAACGGCUGUGCUGACUUCCUGCUUUAAAGAUGGUUUUGCAGAAUGCAUCAUCAUCUCUAAAGGGAAAUGUGAGGCAGUAGUGAAAAAUGGAGCUUGGAAGGGCUUGCGUCUUUUAAAAAAAAUGUGUGUAACAUCAGCAUGUGAGAAUGACCAUGGAAAAUAAAAGACUUGUUUUCCUUUUC